GGGGUUUAAGGGCUCGGGCCGGACUGGGGGGUCCGGGGCGGUCUCAGAGCGCGGCCGGACCCCCCGAACUCCGCGAUGCUGGUGCUGCUCGUCCUGGUCCUCGGGACCCCCCGCGCAGGCGCCUUCGUGGUCCAGGUGGCCAGUGAGUGCCCCGUGCCGGCCACCAACGGCUCCUUCGACCUCACCCUCCUCUUCAACAAACUCCCCCUGGUCUGCGUGGACUCCCAGGGCCCCCCCAAAUUCGUGCCCUGCGGGGGGGGGGGUCCCCUGGAGCCCAUCGGGGCCCAACUGGCCAAGACGCUCAACGGGGACCCCCAGUGGGGGGAGAGGCUCCGGAAAAGGGGGAAGGUCUGCACCCAACUGCCCCCAAAAGUGUGGGGGGACACGGCCCAGAGGAGGGUGCCCCCCAAAAUCUGCAUCGUCCCCUCGGCGCCAGGGAACGCCCAGACCCCCCUUGUCCUGACGUGCCACGUGUGGGGCUUUUACCCCCCCGAGCUGAGCCUGGCCUGGCUCAGGAACGGGGUGGUCCUGGAGCCCCAGGGCCCCCCCGGGCCCCCCCCAAUCAUCCCCAUGGGGGACUGGAGCUACAGGAGCGAGGGGACCCUCGAGGUGACCCCCGAGCCCGGGGACACCUUCACGUGCUUGGUGCAGCACCCGAGCCUCAAGCAGCCCCUCCUGGAGGACUGGGCUCCAGGCCUGUCCCCACGGCUGUCCCUGCUGGUGGCCUUGGCUGCCCUGGCCAUGGUUUUGGGACUCCUCCUCUUCUCCUUCGGCCUCUGGAGGUACCAGAAGAAGGCCCCAAUUCCAGGUUACACUCCUCUGCCAGGUGACAACUGUGCAGGCAGCAUCUGAGGACUCCCAGGACUCCCAGGACAGCGACAUUGAGUCUGUGACAGACUCCAAGCCCCCCAACCCCCCAAAAUGUCCCAAAAUGUCGCC